AUAAAUACCAGCCAAGACGGCUCUACCAUCAUUGUAGUUCUUCAAGAGUAACUCGACAACAGCAACAACAUGAGCCGUAAUCUGAUCAUCUUUACCCUCGUCGCGGUAGUUUACGCUUUGGCGUUGAUUACGAUGGCGGAAGGCCGGCGAGAGCGUCGUAACAUAUUCGGACUAUUCAACGGUGGCUUGCUGGGACUGGGAGGCGGCGGUCAUCAUGAUCAUCAUCACCAUCAUCACGAUCACGGUAGAUUCGGCGGACACCAUCACCAUGGAUUCGGCGGACACCAUCACCAUGGAUUCGGCGGACAUCACGGAUUUGGAGGACAUCACCAUGGAGGAUUUGGGGGAAACCAAUUUGGAUUCUUCGGAUAAAAAGUUAGACACUCUCGUUGAUCGUAUCGAUCAGCGAACUGUUGUCAUCGAACAAGCACCUACUAAAACGUCUAUCCCCUCCUAGUACCAAACGCAACGCCCCAUCAUUUAUUUAAUUUUUGUUUUCAAACGAUAAAUAUUUUCCCCAUUGAUUUGUAUCGAAUACAAUGGAAAGUAAAAAUAAAAUUGAUGUGAAAGAAAA